AAGGGAAGUAAAUUAAUAACAAGGCUGCUUUUAUUUUUUUAGAGCUGAUAUAUUUGCAAGAAUUAACUAUGAGUGGGUCGUUUCAGAGAACAGGAAUUCCGUGUGGUAAUCCACGUCGCUAUGAUUCUGGUGAUAUAACAAAGAUGGUGCCAGUGUUCAGUUCCAGGAAGAGACGUGUAGAUGACGGGCCUGACGAAGAUAUAGAAACAGAAGGAGAAAGACAUUUACAGACUUUGGCCAAGAAACAACUAAAGACCAACAUAUCUUUAGAUCAACAGUUUUCUCAGCACCGGGAAUUUUCAGGAACCAGUGCCUUCAAACCAUCAGUGGAAUCACUUUCAGGAAUUGUUAAUCUAUCAGAAUAUCAACAACUAAGUGAAACCGAUGCACGAGUAGAAGAACUUGGACAUUUUGGUUUGACGAAGGAAGAAAUGAAACUUCGGCUGAAAUAUGAUACAAGUGUUAAAGAUACAGAAACAAUGGUAUCAAGGUUCAGUGUAAAUCCACAAGUAGAGAAGGAGCGACUGGACGCAAUAAACAGAAAAAUACACCAGAAAACGUCUGCUUUUAAAACGUCUGAUAAUUUCGCAGACAUCCGCCAUGUUACUCGUCAUGAAAUAGACCUGGAACGGGCAAUAAGUUCCACCAAUCAAGAUGGACAAAAAAUAAGUAACUUUCUCAUCAAGCAGAAGGAAUACGAGAAAAGUAACCCUUUAAGUAUGGUGCCUGAUCUUAUGACAGAAAUAGACUCUAAAAUAAAAGACCAAAUUCGCGAGAAAAGAAAAAAACAAAAACUCUUAAGAAAAAAAUCAAAAGUAGACAAGUCACAUGGUAGUCAAACUUUAGAUUCAGACCAGAAAAGUUCAAUUUGUGUACAUCAAUAUAACAGUGAAAAAGAAAGUCCAAAUAUUUUGUGUGAUGAAGAAAUUAGCUCUGAAAGUGGGGAUGAUGUUUUCAUUGGUCCCCUUCCAAAACCAGUACCAGAACAGACAGGACGUAAAGAGAUUCGCGACAAUGUUAAACCUAUACCCGAACAGUGUAUUAUAAGCAAUAGACUCAGUGUAGACAAUAUUAUUCAAAUACCCAAGUUUGAGAAUUAUACUCCAGGUGAAAUAAACAAUGUUUUAUAUCUUAAAAAUCUCCAUAGUAACGUGACACAGCAAGAUCUUAUUGCCUUAUUUGGACGGUUUGAGCAGAAAGAUGAACCAAGUAUUGUUUAUAAAUUGAUGUCAGGGCGAAUGAGGGGGCAGGCUUUCAUCACAUUUUCUGAUAAAACUAUUUCGAAAGAGGCCCUCGAACUGGUGAAUGGAUAUCACCUAUACGGAAAACCAAUCAUAAUACAAUAUGGAAAUAAACAAUAACUCGUAUAUAAAUCUUUAUAAAUAAAAUCAAAGAUUUC